AUGAGUGGCCUCGGAAAAAUGGUAAGGGAGGGCUGGCACCCGAAGGGAAAGGAGGGUGGAAAGGAAAGUUGGCGCGGGGAUUUCAAGGGCAUCAACCAAGUGGCAGGAUGGAUGGGCAAGGGCAAGGACCCCAGUGCAGACCGUUCUGAGCACGUCUCCCAACCGCUGUCGUCGCUCAAGGAUCCGUCGUCGUUUGGACCACCGCCGAAGCACGUCAAUUAUCAUGGCCCUGGCGCGGUGGCGAAUCAGACUCCCGAUCGCUGUGGCAUUGGCGCCCCGCUAUCCCAGGACCAAGUCGAUAGUCAAAAUGCCCAUCGACAGCGAGAAGCAGAGGCGGAGGAAGAACAGGCCCGGAAGCCUGCCCCGCCUCCGGUGCCUUACCGCGUGAACACCACCGGACUGUCGACCGACAACCUCCCACCCCCGCCUGUGCGCCGCCUCGACUCCCCCUCUUCUGCUAGUCCGGCCACCAACACGAAACCAAAGCCCCAAUUGCCGCCCCGAAUUCCUCCUCGCAAUGGGCCAUCCCAGAGCCCAUCCCCGCCCGCAUAUUCUUCCGUGCCACCAUCGCUGUCCAAUGGAUACGUCAACCAGGAUGCUACCUCCCGCCUCUCGAACGCUGGCGUCUCGGUCCCGGCCCUCGGGAUCGGGGAGGAAGGGGGUCGCCCAUCCCCUCCGGCAUCGGCGAACAAUACACCCGUCAACGAAAUCCAGUCGCGAUUCUCCCGGAUGACUACCGAUUCUGGAUCACCGUCGGCGCCUAGCCCACCAGCGCGAGCGGGGUCCAAUCAAGGCACAGAUCCCGCGGGCGGCACUUCCUCUGUGCAGAAUUUCCGUGAGCGCCACGCGGACAAGAUCGACAUGGGUAAGCAGAAGCUUGGUGGGGUGACCUCGCGCAUUAGCACGUUGGCCGGCUCGGGAUCCUCGGCUCCCAGCCCACCGGCACGACCCAACCAGGAUGCAGAGCCUGGGAGCAGCGGUUCCUCCGUGCAGAACUUCCGCGAUCGCCAUGCGGACACGAUCGACGCGGGCAAGCAGAAGCUUGGCGGGGUGACUUCGCGCAUCAACACGUUCGUGGAGGAUCGCAAGUUCUCGGCCAACGCCAACCAGCGUAUUCCCCGGCCUCCCCCACGCCCGAGUGCAGCGUCACCCCAGGAACCGGAGGAGCAGGCUCCACGCAAGAAACCACCUCCACCCCCGCCCAAGCGACGGGAGAUGCGCGCGAGUCCUGUGGACACCCCAUCUCCAUCGUCGCCGCCACCCGUUCCUCUCAACACUAAACCCCGCUGA